GGAGAAGGAAAGAGAGAGAAGGAGAGGGCAUCCCAGUUCUUGCAGCCACUGGGAAUCAAGUGACCCAACUCCGUCUUGGUCUUCAAGCAAACAAACAAACAAAAAUGGGCUGUGGGAAGGGUGAAUGUGGGUACGGACCCGCCCUUCCUCAGCUUCCUAUAAAAGCUGGGGACUAGGAACUGCCGAUACACACACCAUGAGGCCCUCCAGGAGACAAGGGACCCUUCUGCUGGCCUUCGUGCUGCUCUGCACUCUCCUGGGUCUUGGGUGCCCACUGCGCUGCGAAAUAUGUAAGGCGCCCGGGAGCAGGUGCCAUGGCCAAAUGAGGACCUGCAGCAGCGACAAGGACACAUGUGUGCUCCUGGUGGGGAAGGCUACUUCAAAGGGCAAGGAGUGGGUGCACACCUACAAGGGCUGCAUGAGGUCCCAGGACUGCUACUCCGGCGUUGUAUCCACCACCAUGGGCCCCAAGGACUACAUGGUAACCAGAUCCUUCUGCUGCCAGAGCGACGGCUGCAACAGUGCCUUUUUGUCCGUUCCCUUGACCGAUCGUACUGAGAAUGGCCUGAUGUGCCCCGCCUGCACUGCAACCUUUAGGGACAAAUGCAUGGGGCCCAUGACCCGCUGUACUGGCCAGGAAAACCGCUGCGUCUCCUUAUCUGGACACGUGCAGGCUGGUAUCUUCAAACCCAGAUUUGCCAUGCGGGGCUGUGCUACAGAGAGUAUGUGCUUCACCAAGCCUGGUGCUGAACUGCCCACAGGCACCCAUGUCCUCUUCCUCCACCAUACAGAGUGCACUCACUCCCCCUGGAAAGCUAUCUGAACCGAGGAAGAUAUACGUGGUGUGAAGUCCCCAUUUGUCCUCAGCCUGUAAGUCCCCGUGUGCCUAUAAAAAAGUUAAUAGAGCAAGCCUGA